UUGUUUUCAACCCUCCACUCAUGAGGUUCAUAAGCUAGCUACGUUGACAGUACAGGCUAUUAUACGUCUGGACGGUAAUGAGUGCGGCUGUAGGCGAACCGGCUAUUGUCUCCAACACUCAAACAAUACCAGCCGACAUCUCUGGACAGAUGUUGGAUCUUGACGAAGACGAUGACUUAGAAGUGUACAGCAAGGAUGUCACUCUGACAGAGGGAAGGGCCAUGAACCCAUCCAUGCAGACUUCACCAGGCUCCAUGGUCAACCAGUACAAGUUUGAGGAGGAGGAAGAGGAGGGGCUUGACACAAAAGACCUCUUUAUCACCGUGGACAACCCAGAGAGUCAUGUGACCGCCGUAGAGACGUUCAUCACCUACAGAGUUCUGACAAAGACUACCCGCAGCGAGUUUGACUCCAGCGAGUAUGAAGUUCGCAGGCGAUACCAAGACUUCCUGUGGCUCAAAAGCAAGCUUGAAGAGACCCAUCCCACACUCAUUGUUCAUCCACUUCCAGAGAAGUUUGUGAUGAAGGGGAUGGUGGAGAGGUUCAACAAUGACUUCAUCGACACACGGCGGAAGGCUCUCCACAAGUUCCUGAACCGCGUGUCCGACCACCCUAUCCUGUCCUGCAGCGACGACUUCAAAGUCUUCCUCACGGCACAGGCCUGGGAGCUGACGUCCCAUAAGAAGCAGGGUCCCGGGUUCCUCAGCAGGAUGGGGGACACGGUAAGGGCGCUGUCCAACUCCGUCAGGGGCGUGAAGAACCGACCGGAGGAGUUCGCGGCCAUGCAGGAGUACGUGGAGGCCUUCAGCCAGAAGAUCUCCUCCCUGGACAAGGUCACCCAGAGGAUCGUCAAGGAACAGAAGGAGUACCUGGAGGAGCUGAAGGAAUACGCCCCCACCUACACCCUGUGGUCCGGCUCGGAGGAGGAGCAGCUAGCCGAACCCCUGAAGGGCGUGGCCGGCUGCCUGGAGCGCUGCUGUCAGGAGACGGACCAGCAGCUCCACCACCUCUCCGAGGUCCUAGUGCCCACCCUGCACGAGUAUGUGCUGUGCUCCGAAGGUCUCAAGGCCGUUCUGAGGAGACGAGACCACAUCCAGGCAGAGUUCGAAGCGAAAAGCGAGGCCCUGGCCACCAAGAAGGUGGACAGAGAAGCAGAGAGUGGGGACCAGGGGACAGUGUGGGGCAGUCUGCUGGGCAGGAACCCAGAGCAGGUCCGCCAGCAGAGGCAGGAGAGGCUGGGAGGGGAGAUCGAUCAGCUGAAGGAAGAGAUCGAUAGGCUGGAGGACCGGGGGGAGUGGGCCAACAACGCCCUGAAGGGGGACUGGUCUCGCUGGAAGAGGAGCAUGAGGGCCGACCUCAAAUCCGCCUUCCUCUGCACCGCUGAGAAGAACGUGGACUACUAUGAGAAGUGCCUGGCCGUGUGGGAGACCUUCCUGCUGUCUCAGAAGACUGAUGGUCUCCAGGAAGGUGCUGAAGAUGAGACCUCUUAACCCCCAGUUUGGAUCCCCUCUACCUCAUCUCCUUAGACCAUGGACCUUCUAAUCCAACCCCCCCCCCCCCCCACCACCAGCAUACAACCAUGGAUGUCCUGCUCUCCACUCACCUUACACACCCCUACUAAACUAAGCCCAUCCACCCCCAAUGCACCUUUCCCUUACGUUCUACCCAACACCAAAGACCAUCCUACACUAAGGAUUCCUACAACCAUAUUCUGGUUUUAAACCCACCACCGUUUUAAUCUCAUUGUCCUAAUCUCUGCCCGUCUCAUUUCAUAGUUCCAGUCAUUACUCUCUAGUCUGGUAUGCAUAUGCACACACCAAGGCUCUGAUAAACUCACCCAAGGCGUAGGUUGAUGACCUGGGGCAGAUACGGUUUGAAAGUACAAAAUACUUGGGAUGCACUUGAUUUAGUGUGCUGUGCUUGCGACAGGGGCGGAGUUGUCCCAAAAGUACAGCCUCAAAGCACCUUUUCAGCUCAUCUGGUUGUAUUUGACUGAUAUGGUGAUUGAUUGAUUUAUAGCUUUGCUAAUGAGGUGUUUGAUAUUUUCCUGUGUAAUCAUUUUACAAUAACUCAUAAUAGUAUUUUGAUAAUGGAAACCAAAUGUUUUAUACUUUAUACAUUUUUUUUCUUCUCAUUGUUAUUGAACAUGUAAAUCAUUUGAUCAGGUUUUUUUAGAUGUCGGUUUAAUAAAGAUGAAUUGGUACAUUGAA